UAAUAUAAAAUAAAAUAAUUACAACAUUUGUUUCAAUUAAUCAAUUUAUAAAUCCCCUUACACAUGAAAGUAAAUCAUGAACACUUGAUUGAUAUCAUUAUUGCGUUAAAUCUUUAAUAAGUUGAUAAGAAAAAAAAUGAUCAAUACGAUGCGUAAGUACUUGACGUGAUGAUCAAUUUAGAUAUAUUUUCAUUAUUUUUAUCAUUUUCUGGAAUCCCUCAAGUGUAGGAUAACUUCCGUACUUUCCAACUUCAACGUCAUUGUACUCAUUGUCGUACACUUCAAUAGAUAUAAUUAAUCUUGAGAAAUCUGAACUGAUUUCAAGGUGGAUUAAUUAGAUUAAUAUCCCGCCACAAUGACUAGUUGAAAAACGUGUAUAUAUAUUGAGGUAAUGCUGACAAUCAUCAAUAAUCAUAUCACCAUGCAGGUCUUCACUACCUUGUUAGUUGUUCUUCUGGCAGUUGCCGCUUAUGGCAACCCAGCUGGUCGUGUCGUCGGCGGUACUGAUGCACCAGAAGGAAAAUACCCAUACCAAGUAUCAUUGAGAUCACCCAGUCAUUUCUGUGGUGGUUCAAUCAUCAGUUCACGUUAUGUCCUAACUGCUGCUCAUUGUCUUGUCUCAAAAUCGCCAUCACGAGUUACUGUCCAUGUUGGUAGCGUUUUAUUGAAACAAGGUGGACAAUCUUAUCAAGCAGACAAAUUGAUUGUCAAUAAGAAUUACAAUCCUUACAAACUGACCAAUGAUAUUGGUCUCGUCCAUGUCUCGGAAGAUAUUCAAUUCUCAGAAUUAGUUCAACCAAUUAAAUUGCCAUCCAAUAACGCAAUUAAAGCUGGAGACAAUGUUGUUUUGACCGGUUGGGGAAGAAUUUACUUGAAUGGACCUAUUCCAAAUCACCUUCAACAACUUCAAUUGGCCGUUGAAAGCCAACAAAGCUGUCAAGCAACACACAGAGGAGUACUUGACAGUCACAUCUGUACGUUUACCAAGUAUGGUGAAGGUGCUUGCCAUGGUGAUUCCGGUGGUCCACUUGUUUCCAAUGGUGUCCAAGUUGGUAUUGUAUCUUAUGGACACCCAUGUGCCGUAGGAUACCCAGAUGUAUUCACAAGAGUCUACUCAUUCGUCGAUUGGAUUAAACAAAACGCCGUAUAAACGCAGUAAAAACCCGAACAAUAUGUUAAACUAUCUUUUUGUUAUCAAUAAAUAAAUGACGACUUAUGUCUUUCAUAAGAAAUCAAAUCCACUUUUUUCAAAUUAAUUUUUAUCUUCACAAUACACAAUUCAAAAUUUAUUAUUAUUUGUAUUUAAUCUCCCUAAUGAAACAAUGAAAUAAAUAAACGUUAAGUUAAAGAAACAUUGCAUGUGUAUAAACAUUACUCAAAACUACGAUUUCUUUUGUUAUCUUAUUGAUGCUUCGUACAAGAUCAAAAUUUUGGUCAACUACAGUGACAAAUAUGAUUAUCAUUUACUUAUUUACAAAUACACUAUUGGAAUUUGAGAUAUCUAACAAUUUGUUCAGAUAAAACAAAAUAAAACAGUUCGUAAAAUCUAUAAUCAUAACCUUCUUUUAUAUCAAAUAGGUUUAUGAUAUCUUUAAGGUAUUGCUCAAUAAAAAGAUUACCAAAAAGACAUUA